UUGACAGUGAUCUGCGAACCUGAACCCGAAAAAGAAGGAAGAACUUUUGAGUCCUCCCCGACCGUCGACUGGUGUGUGUUCCGAAAAAUGGCAGCGCUCAUCAAAGGAUUAAAAUUAGCCACCAAAAUUUCCUCCAAAAAUCCGGCAUUGUUCGCUCUGGCCACGCGAAAUGCCCACGGCUGGAACAAAGACUUCAAACCGGCAAAGUAUCCGGAAACAGACAAGGAGCGCGAGGCGGCGGCCAGGAAAUACGGUCUGCAUCCUUCGGAAUAUCAGGCUUAUCCGAACGAUGGCACCGGAAUUGGAGACUAUCCGAAGCUGGCGGAUGUUCCCGUAGAAGCACGCGAUCCCUACUAUCCGUACGAUUUUCCAGAAUUGAAGAGAAAUCUUCAUGACCCGCUCCACGCCGAUACUCCCCUGUGGGGCGAGGACCGUUUCGGUUCCGCUGAGCCGCUCCGUUUCUCAAUGAAGUUCUACUGGCUGUCGUUCAUCGGCGUUAUGACCGGGUGCUUUGCCUUGUACUAUUGGCUGGAAGACUACAAAAUGUUCCGACCGGUUAUGGCCAAACAGUAUCCCCGUGAUGGCCCUCACUACACAUUCGAGAGCAAGUGAACAACGGAAGUGGAUCCGGGAGCCGUUUGUGUUGUGGAUUCAAGUGCGCCGUAAAUCUCUUGAAUCGACUUCUAAGCUAAAUUAACCAUCGUUAACCAACACAACGCAUUCUGAUUGUUUCCGAUAGUGCAGCAUGUCAUUUGGACGGUUGUUUGAAUUACAUUGUAGGGGUGUCUGGAGGAGCGCAAUCUAUUGUAUGUCGUUCUGCCGUGAUGCUAAGAUUAUUAUGUAAAUAAAUUGGAAGAAAACUGAA